AUGAGUCCUGCCAACGGUGACGUGCACCAUUACCCUGCCGCUACGGCAGAGGCAUUUGUGCGCCGCUUGUUUGUUGAUUUGCCUGCGAUUGGGGCCUGGAAAGCCGAGGAUGCCGGUAUUGAAUUGAUGUGCCCUGGUUGGUCUGGCGCUGUCAUUGAGAAAUUCAGUACUGCAAGCUCUUCAACGAGCUCUGCCUCUUUGGCAUGUGCAUCAGAAAAACUGAACAGAGCUUUGUAUGUACACAUGCCAAGUGGCUGUGAUCGAUCUCAACUUCGCGAUCAUAUGCUUGCCAUCCUGGAUACAGCUUCCGAUGCGAUUCAUGCAUCGAAAGUGGUAUUUUGCCUGGAGCGCAGCUUGCCUGAUCUCUCCUCUUUGCUACAUGGGGGCCAGCUGGAUGAAUGGGUGGCUGCCCAUCCUAUUCCGUCCAUGGUGUUGGUCGCCGUUUCUUUGUAA